UUGUUUAUUGUUAUUUUUAGCUUAGAAACACAUUAUUACCAAUUUUUUUUGUGUUUCUUAAAAAAUGUUACAAUGAAACGAUUGUAUGUGAAGGUGCAGAAAGAGGUGUGGACUUUGCGUUUUUGUGUGAUUUGACUCAAGGGUUUUUUUUUUGUUUGUUUGUUUUGAAAACCGUGUCAUUUUUUCACAUCUUUUGAGGAAUUGUGAGCAUCACAGAGGAUUCUGUUCUGCUUUCGGACCGCUGGCCACAGCAGCUGCAGCUGGCACAAUGAAACUUGCAUGUUUGAGUGCAUUGUUGAUAAUUUACACUUGCAGUGCUAAAAACUGAUUGAAAAACUGCAGUGACAUGGGGCCGAUCACAGGGGCUACCAUGGAAGUCAGUAGUACAUUUGACAACAUGACUGGACUGACACAUGAUAGGCCAGUGCAAACGUCCUCAUUCUGCCAGCAGUUUUCAUCUGUCGAUGGGGCAGGAAAUUAUGAUGUUGUGAAUAAUGUUGUCAUUCCGACCCCAGGAGCACCAGACCCCAGGGCCCAGAAUUCUUUGCGGCAGAGUUGGGAAAUGAACUACCAGGAAGCAGCGAUAUACCUGCAGGAGGGAGAGAAUAAUGACAAGUUUUUCACUCAUCCGCGAAAUGCCCAUGCGCUCAGUGCCUACCUGUUUGCUCACAAUCACCUUUUCUAUGUGAUGGAGCUGCUGACUGCGGUGUUACUCAUGCUUCUGUCCCUCUCAGAGGCCCCUGCCGUCCCCUUUCUCCGCUUGGAUGUCUAUGUUCAUGCAACACUGGAGUUAUUGGCAUUGGUAAUGGUGGCCUUUGAGUUGUGCAUGAAGCUCCGAUGGCUUGGCUUUCACACCUUUAUACGACAUAAGAGGACCAUGGUGAAGACAUGUGUCCUGUUUAUUCAGUUCAUCGAGGCAAUUGUGGUCUUAGUCCGGCAGACAUCUCACCUGCGUGUAACGAGAGCCUUGCGGCCGAUCUUUUUGGUGGACUGCCGUUACUGUGGAGCUGUUCGCAGAAACCUGAGGCAGAUAUUUCAGUCACUUCCUCCCUUCAUUGAUAUUCUUCUGCUGCUGCUUUUCUUCAUGGUCAUCUUUGCCAUCCUAGGAUUCUGUUUGUUCUCAGCCAACUCAGCCGACCCUUAUUUUAGCACACUGGAGAACAGCAUUGUGAGUUUGUUUGUCCUUCUGACCACUGCAAACUUUCCAGAUGUGAUGAUGCCAGCAUAUUCAAAGAAUCGUUGGUCAUGCAUUUUCUUCAUUGUGUAUCUGUCCAUUGAGCUCUACUUCAUUAUGAAUCUGCUCCUGGCGGUGGUUUUUGACACUUUUAAUGGAGUUGAGAAGAUGAAAUUCAAAUCUCUUCUUCUACACAAGCGAUCCGCUAUAGAGCACGCCUUCCAGCUGCUAGUUAGUCGGCAGAGGCCAGAUGGAGUGUGUUUAAAACAGUUUGAUGGACUGAUGCGAUUCUAUCGUCCACGAAUGACUCCACAGGAUCGUUUCCUUACUUUCAAAGCUCUCAACCAUUCAGGCGCAACCAUGCUGAGUCUCCAGGACUUUUAUAAGUUUUAUGAAGUGAUCGGGCUCAAAUGGAAGGCUCGACGGAGUGGGGAGCACUGGUUUGAUGAUCUUCCUCGUACUGCAUUCCUCAUCUUCAAAGGAAUCAAUUUACUUGUGAAAUCCAAAGCUUUCCAAUAUGCAAUGUAUCUGGUGGUUGCAAUUAAUGGCAUCUGGAUCCUAGUGGAGACUAACAUGUUAAAUGUUGGCGUCUCAUGGACACGUGUUGUCCCAUGGAGUUACAUUAUUUUCCUCACAAUUUAUGGAAUUGAGGUCUUGUUGAAGAUCACAGGCCUUGGUCCUUUGACAUAUUUCAGCUCAGGGUGGAACCUCUUUGAUUUCUCAGUAACAGUCUUUGCCUUUCUGGGAUUGAUUGCUCUGGCCUUUGACAUGGAGCCUUUCUACUUCAUCGUGGUGUUGAGACCUCUCCAGCUCCUCCGGUUGUUUAAAAUUAAACAGCGCUAUCGGAACGUUUUGGACACAAUGUUUGAACUGUUCCCGCGUAUGGCCAGUCUAGGUCUGACUCUGAUUAUCUUCUAUUAUUCUUUUGCCAUCGUUGGAAUGGAGUUUUUUGCUGAUGUUGUUUAUCCGAACUGCUGCAACACUAGCACUGUCGCUCAAUCGUAUCGCCAGAUAAAUGUGACCAUUGGCAACCGAACAAUGCUAGAGGAGGGGUAUUAUUAUCUCAAUAACUUCAAUAACAUCCUAAGCAGCUUUGUCACUCUUUUUGAGCUAACAGUGGUGAACAACUGGUACAUCACUAUGGAAGGUGUGACAUCACAAACUACUCACUGGAGUCGCCUUUAUUUCAUGACCUUUUACAUUGUCACCAUGGUAAUAAUGAUUAUAAUCGUGGCCUUCAUUCUAGACGCAUUUGUCUUCAGGAUGAACUACAGUCGGAAGAACAGAGAGCCGCUGGAUGACCCAGAAGAUGAAAAGGGGAUCGUCUUUGAGACAGAGGUGUCCCAGACUGAAGCUCUACAGACUCUAGACUUGUAUAAACACACACUGGGUGUCACCAACCUAAGCUCACUGCAGGACAUGUGUGUGGCUCUGGAGCGGAGCGGGCAUUCCUCAUUAGUAUUUCUGGGUCGAAGGUCACGUACCAAGUGUGACCUCAGCAUGAAGAUGUACGAGGAAGAGAUUCAGGAAUGGUACGAGGAAUAUUCCAGAACAAACCUGCAGCCGGAUGAAACAUUCCACAGAGAACUGGACAGCCCUGAAGCCAGUGCCACAAACAGCGUUAACUAACUCGCACACUCCGAAUACUUCAUCAGCAUUAACUAACACACUCACUCAUACCUCUGAGGGACCUUAGAACCGUCUUCCUCCCAUCGAUGGAAAGCACAGAUGUUCCCCAUGACCACUACAUUCGCCCUCCAUCCACAUGAAGACCC